UUGACAGAAGUCAGUUAGCCGCGCUGGAAGGCUGGUCUACACUGAUAUCUUCAUGCGAACGGGAGUUCAUUGUGAACGGGCUGGAUCACGGUAUCCGCAUGGAUGGGAGGCAGAGGUUGGAAUCGAGAAACAUCCAGCUCAAGGUUGGCACGGUGCCCAGCUGCUACGGGUCAGCUUCUGUGCACUGUGGUGGAACGAAGGCGAUCGCAUCCGUGCAGGCUGAGCUGAGCGACACGGGAGCAGAAGGCUCGGGCGCCUCGGUGGAAGUGUCAGUGACGUGCAGCAAUAUGCCGAGCUCAGCUGGGAGGCAAGCAGAGGACAUGUCUGCAGCCUUGACUGCGGAUGCCAACCGAAUCUUUGCGAGACCGAUCCCCACCCUCAUCAAGUCCCUCAUGGUCUCAGAUCGGCAUGCAUGGAAGCUCUUCGUGGACGUCAUGCUGGUUGAAUACGACGGUUGUCUGUUAGAUGUCGUCUCCAUCGCUGUUUGGGCUGCACUGAGUGACACAAAGCUGCCGACGCUGUCAACCUUCACCAAUGCAGACGGGAGCGUUGGUGUGGAGCUUUCGUUGGAGAUGGAGGAGAAGAACAAGAAGCCGCUAGACUUGAGCUCGGUGCCAACGUAUGUCUCCAUCACGCAGGUGGGCAAACACUUUAUCGCCGACGCUACUGCGAUCGAGGAGGCAUGUGCCGGAUGCAGGAUAUCAUAUGCUAUCAAUGCAAGGAACGAGGUUUGUUGCAUCCACAAGAGUGAAGGUAGAGGAUUGAAACCAACACAAAUUGUCAGCACGAUGGGAGCAGCCACCCAGUUCGGAUCGAACAGGAUGAAGUUUCUGGACAAGAAGUUGCAAGACUUGAUCGACAAGGAUUCAGGAGAUGAUCUGUUGGACCGUGAUGUACUAUAAAAAUAAAACAAUGCUGACUAAU